GAACACCCUCUCGGAAGAGAUAGCGUCUUUCUGCAACCCGCGGUCCCAGCAGAAAAACCUUGUGAUCCUUGUUCCAGGCGACAUGGAGGACGACUCACUCUGCUUGGGAGGGGAGUGGCAGUUGAACCGCUUUUCAAAACUCACAUGUUCUGGGCCAGGUGCAGCUUUUGCUGAAAUCCAGCGGACUUCUCUCCCUGAGAAGUCACCACUCUCAUCUGAGACCCGUGUCGACCUCUGUGAUGAUUUGGCUCCUGUGGCAAGACAGCUUGCUCCCAGGGAGCAGCUUCCUCUGAGUAGCAGGAGACCUGCUGCGGUGGGGGCUGGGCUCCAGAAUAUGGGAAAUACCUGCUACGUGAAUGCUUCCCUGCAGUGCCUGACAUACACACCGCCCCUUGCCAACUACAUGCUGUCCCGGGAGCACUCUCAAACUUGUCAUGGUCACAAGGGCUGCAUGCUCUGUACUAUGCAAGCUCACAUCACACGGGCCCUCCACCGUCCUGGCCAUGUCAUCCAGCCCUCACGGGCAUUGGCUGCUGGCUUCCAUAGAGGCAAGCAGGAAGACGCCCAUGAAUUUCUGAUGUUCACUGUGGAUGCCAUGAAAAAGGCAUGCCUUCCCGGGCACAAGCUGGUAGAUCAUCACUCUAAGGACACCACCCUCAUGCACCAAAUAUUUGGAGGGUACUGGAGAUCUCAAAUCAAGUGUCUCCACUGCCAGGGCAUUUCAGACACCUUUGACCCUUACCUGGACAUCGCCCUGGAUAUCCAGGCAGCUCAGAGUGUGAAGCAAGCUUUGGAACAGUUGGUGAAGCCCGAAGAACUCAAUGGAGAGAAUGCCUAUCAUUGUGGUCUUUGUCUCCAGAAGGCGCCGGCCUCCAAGACGUUAACUUUGCACACUUCUGCCAAGGUCCUCAUCCUUGUAUUGAAGAGAUUCUCCCAUGUCACAGGCAACAAACUUGCCAAGAGUGUGCAAUAUCCUGAGUGCCUUGACAUGCAGCCAUACGUGUCUCAGCAGAACGCAGGACCUCUUGUCUAUGUCCUCUAUGCUGUGCUGGUCCACGCCGGGUGGAGCUGUCACAACGGACAUUACUUCUCUUAUGUCAAAGCUCAAGAAGGCCAGUGGUAUAAAAUGGAUGAUGCCGAGGUCACUGCCUCUGGCAUCACUUCUGUCCUGAGUCAACAGGCCUAUGUCCUCUUUUACAUCCAGAAGAGUGAAUGGGAAAGACACAGUGAGAGUGUGUCAAGAGGCAGGGAAGCAAGAGCCCUUGGCGCUGAAGACACAGACAGGCGAGCAACGCAAGGAGAGCUCAAGAGAGACCCCUGCCUCCAGGUACCCGAGUUGGACGAGCACUUGGUGGAAACGGCCACUCAGGAAAGCACCUUAGACCACUGGAAAUUCCUCCAAGAGCAAAACAAAACCAAGCCUGACUUCAACGUCAGAAAAGUCGAAGGUACCCUGCCUCCCAACGUACUUGUGAUUCAUCAAUCGAAAUACAAGUGUGGGAUGAAAAACCACCAUCCUGAACAGCAAAGCUCCCUGCUAAACCUCUCCUCAACGAACCCGACAGAUCACGAGUCCAUGAACACUGGCACACUCGCUUCUCUGCAAGGGAGGACCAGGAGAUCCAAAGGGAAGAACAAACACAGCAAGAGGGCUCUGCUUCUGUGCCAGUGAGCUCAGUGGAUGUGCCGACCCACACAUAGGGGUGCGCAAACACACACACA